AUGGGGAAAGGUGCGGCCAAGUAUGGUUUCAAAAGUGGGAUUUUCCCCACAACUAGGUCCAUUCUGAAGAACCCCACUACAAAGCAGACGGAUAUUAUCAACAAGGUAAAAUCUCCCAAGCCCAAAGGUGUUCUUGGUAUUGGGUAUGCCAAGGGUGUGAAACAUCCAAAAGGGUCACAUAGAUUGUCACCUAAGGUGACUUUUAUCGAUGUGGAUAAUCUUAUUGCGCAGACUGUUGCUGAACCACAGAGUAUUAAAUCCGGUAAUGGUCCAGCCCAGAAAAUAAGAUUACAAAAAGCCGAAUUGAGAAGGGGUUUCUUGAUUGAAGCAUUUCGCAAGGAAGAGGCUAGGCUAUUGCAUAAACACGAAUUUUUGCAGAAGAGAACAAAGGAACUGGAAAAAGCAAAAGAACUGGAACUAGAAAAACUGAAUAAGGAAAAAUCUUCAGAUUUGACUAUAAUGACUCUAGAUAAAAUGAUGUCUCAACCUCUUUUGAGGGACAGAUCACCGGAAGAAAGUGAACUGUUGAAGUUGAAAAGAAAUUACAACAGAUCAUUGUUAAAUUUUCAGGCAUAUAAAAAAAAGCUAAACGAAUUAUUGAACCUAUAUCAUGUCGCUAAUGAAUUCAUCGUCACAGAAUCCCAACUGCUAAAGAAAAUCGAUAAGGUGUUUAACGAUGAAACGCAAGAAUUCACCGAUGCUUACGAUGUAACUUCUAGCUUCACACAAUUUGGAAAUAGAAAAUCACUCCUUUCAGGCAAUUCCACGUUACAAACCCAAAUCAAUAACGCAAUAAUGGGUUCAUUGACAAACGAAAAGUUUUUCGAUAUCUCUCUUGUGGAUUCGUAUCUGAACAAGGAUUUACGGCAAAUUUCCGACAGGAUUGAUUCUAAAUUAAACUUCUCCUCUAAUGAAGCUGGAAAUGGUGAUAAUAAUAAUACAACCAACUUGUAA